AUGGGCCCACUUUAUUACUCGAACGGACUUGUCUCAAGACUGACGUUUUCCUGGUUGAAUCCUCUCAUAGCGCUUAACAAGAGACAUCCCGUUGAAGCAAGCGACCUUCCUUGCUUCGAUAACCCCGAAUAUGAAUGUGAGAAUCUCACUGAAAAACUCGAUCGUGAAUGGAAUCGAGAGAAAGAAGAUGCUAAGCGUAAUGCUGGAAAGCCAAGUUUUAUUGGAUUGGCCAUCACUUAUUCCAUGAUGCUCGUGAUAGAUACCGCGUUUGUUAUACAGUCCGCUGGCUUCCUUCAAGACGCAAUGACAUCAGUCCAGCGGGUAAUGGAGUACUGCAGGCUAGGCCCGGAACCGGCCUAUCAGAUCACAAAAACACCACCACGUGGCUGGCCUCGACAUGGAGCGGUGUCAUUCAGUCACGUGUCUCUCCGAUACUACAGCGAUGGACCCCAAGUCCUGAAGGGCGUGACGUUCAGCAUUGAGCCUCAGCAGAAAAUCGGCAUCGCUGGGAGGACUGGGGCCGGCAAGUCAUCUAUUGUGGCCUCGCUAAUGCGCAUGCCCGAGGCCUCAUCCGGGAUACACAUAGAUGAUGUUGAUAUACGCGGGCUCAACCUGCAGUCUACAAGACAGGUUGUCUCCGUGAUUCAGCAAAACCCGACGUUGCUGAGUGGAACUAUCAGGAGUAAUCUUGACCCGCUCGACAUGUACACGGACGACGAGAUCUGGAGCGCUCUAAGCGACGUCAACCUCUCGCCAGUGAUGGACAAGUGGGGCUAUGACCUCGAACAUCGCAUUGAAGAGGGUGGGGUUAAUUUGAGUGUAGGGGAACGGCAGCUGUUCUCACUGGCAAGAGCGCUGCUGCAAAAGAACAAGAUUAUCAUUAUGGACGAGGUGACGGCUAAUGUGGACCCACAGACGGAUCAAAUGAUCCAGACCACCAUCCGAGACAAGUUCAAGGACUGCACCGUGCUCAUCAUUGCUCACAGACUCAGCACCAUCAUGGACUGUGACCGAAUCAUAUGCACUGAUGGGAAACGCCGACAGCUGGCUAGCACAACUAUGUCGACAUUCACACUAAUGGGAUAUCUGUGGUCAUAA